CUAAGGCCUCUUGUUCACGACACGUUUUUUUUGCCGUACGGCAAAUUUGCCGUACGGUUACAAAAACGUGCAAGCUUGCACGGGGCACGGCAAAGGUGCCCGUCGAAUGAAUCCAAGUGAGCUCAGUUGAGACUUUUCUGCGGCAAACUAUAGAAGUCCUCGCCAUGAAUCCUAAGAAAAAGAUUGUGCUUGCGUACUAUGGUAUAGAAGACUGAAAAAACAAGAGAGAAGAAAAAGAAGGUUUUGGAUACACCCGAUCUUGAAAAAACGGGGAGAAUUAGGCGCAUUUCAUACGCUUGUCAAGAAUCAAUUGAGGGAGGAUGAAGCCAAGUUUUACAAUUAUUUCAGAAUGCAGAAAACAACUUUCGAUAAACUGCUGCAAAAAUUAUCACAGAAAUUAAAGCACCAAGAUACCAAUAUGCGACAAAGCAUACCUCCCGCAGAAAGAUUGGCUGUAACGUUGAGAUACCUAGCAACAGGAGCUACGUUUACAGACCUACACUACACCUAUAGAAUUGGAGUAAAAACCAUAAGUUGCAUCGUACGUGAAGUUUGCCAGUGUAUUUGGUCAGAACUGUGCAAAGAGUAUAUGAAAAUGCCUUCUAAGGAAGACUGGCUACAAAUGGCUAACAAGUUUCAAGAAUCUUCUGAUUUCCCGCUAUGCUUAGGUGCAGUCGAUGGUAAACACAUCAGAGUGAUUAAGCCAGUGGAUAGUGGUUCGAUGUUUUUGAAUUACAAACAUUAUUUUUCUAUAGUUUUAAUGGCGGUAGUAGAUAGCGAUUACAAUUUUAUAUUUGUUGAUAUUGGUGCCUACGGAAAGGAAUGUGAUUCCAGUGUUUUCAAAGAAACUGCAUUUUGGAAAAACUUAACAAACAAUACACUGAACCUACCCGACGAAAUCCGCUUGCCUGGAACAGACUACAAAUUACCGUUUGUGUUUGUUGGAGACGAGCCUUUGCUCUGCACUAUCACUUACUUCGUCCAUUCGGAGGCCAUCAACUUGACCAAUUAAAACGAACGUUCAAUUAUCGACUCACAAGAGCACGAAGAUUUGUUGAAUGUGGUUUUGGCAUUUUAGCCAAUAAAUGGCGUAUUCUCCACCGGCCACUGAAUGUUUCCAUCGAUUUGGCUGUGGAUAUUGUGAAAGCUUGUUGCAUUUUACAAAAUUUUGUACAUAAAGAGGAAAAGUUUCAGUUUGAUAAUACGAGUGAAAGAGAAUCAACCUUUGAAUCAGAAUCGGAACUAACACAGUUACCUAUGACGAAUGCAGUUCGCGGAAAUUUGUUAGCUAACGAUGUUCGCAACAAAUUUGCACAAUAUUUUAUGUCUAACGAAGGUAGCCUCUCUUAUCAAAAUAACUAUGCUUAAGUGGAUUACUGUAAGUGAGAAAUAUAUCAGUUACU